GCUUUUUGCCCGACGAGGAAGUGUGGCUCAGCUUGAAACCCAGCGCUGAGGAAAUAGCUGGGGCUGCGAGCGAGAAAAUGAGGAAGCUAGCGCUCCAGUCAUCCUGAACGGACUUUGGGGCCUCAAGCGGGGGGCCCACCAGGCGUGGCACUGAGGGCGACGGCGACGGCGGCCGCCAGAAUUUCUGGACCGGGCCCUUCGCUUCCCACCGUCUGAAGAGAGCGAAGCUGGAGGUCGGGGCGCUUCCCGUCAAGAGCUGGGACGCGCCCUCGCGGAGACGGGCGCGGGUUUUCGUCCGGGGAGGGUGGCCUCUUUGCCUCCCCGCCGCCCCGCUCCGCUCCCCGCUGGCGAGGACAGGUCCCGGGCGGGACUUCUCAAAGAGUUUUCCCAACCCUUUCUCCUCAAGGUGUAAGAUAAUUACUGCAAAGAACUAAAAAGUGAAAGGAAAAAAUGGCAAGUGUUAGUUCCAUCAGCCACCUUCCUUAUUUCUUUGGUAACAUCACACGGGAAGAAGCUGAAGAUUAUUUGAUGCAAAGUGGACUGAGCAAUGGACUGUACCUACUGCGACAGAGCCGAAACUAUCUAGGUGGUUUUGCUUUGUCUUUGGCGCACGAUGGAAGAGUUUAUCAUUAUACCAUUGAGAGGGAAAUUAGUGGCACUUAUGCCAUUACUGGAGGAAGAUCCCACAGAAGUCCUGUAGAACUCAUUAACUACCACUCAGAUGAGGUUGAUGGUCUUGUUUGCUUACUUCGAAAACCUUGUAGUCGACCACCAGGAGUUGAACCAAAAACUAGUCAGUUUGAGGACUUGAAGGAGAAUCUAAUCAGGGAAUAUGUCAAAAAAACAUGGAACUUACAGGGUCAUGCUCUUGAGCAAGCAAUUAUUAGCCAGAAACCCCAGCUAGAAAAACUGAUUGCGACAACAGCACAUUUAAAGAUGCCUUGGUUCCAUGGGAUGAUAUCUCGUGAAGAUUCAGAACAGCGUGUUCUUCUAGGGACAAAGACCAAUGGGAAAUUUUUGAUUAGAGAAAGAGACAACAAUGGAUCAUAUGCCCUCUGUCUCCUCAAUGAAGGAAAGGUAGCACAUUAUCGCAUUGAUAAAGACAAGAAGGGAAAACUGUCGAUUCCAGAUGGAAAGAAGUUUGAUACUCUCUGCCAGCUAGUGGAGCAUUAUUCCUAUAAAGCAGAUGGACUUCUAAGAAUAAUUACAGAUCCAGUUCCAAAUCCAGAUGCUCACUUGACAAAUGGUGAAUCUGAUUUUAGUCAAACACCAGCACUUCCUGUACGUAAGAUUGGCACACAAGGUGGAAUUAUCACCAGAAUCAAAUCAUACACUUUCCCAAAGGCAGGAAGAAAAAAGCUACUUUCACCUCUUCCUGGAUGGAGCAAGGGCUCUACACUGUUUGCAUCAUUUAACAAUUAUGUGCCACGGACAAAGCAAGAUACAGAUGAUCAAAGGGAAGCACUGCCUAUGGACACAGAGGUUUAUGAAAGUCCAUAUGCAGAUCCAGAAGAGGUGAAGGCUAAGAAUGUCACCCUUGACAGAAGUCUGCUAACUCUGGAAGAACAGGAACUUGGUUCUGGUAAUUUUGGCACGGUGAAAAAAGGCACCUAUGAAAUGAGAAAGGGAAAAAAGACAGUGGCUGUGAAGAUUCUCAAAAAUGAAAAUAAUGAUCCAGCCCUAAAAAAUGAACUGCUGAGAGAAGCAAAUGUCAUGCAGCAACUAGAUAAUCCAUAUAUUGUCCGAAUGAUAGGUAUAUGUGAAGCUGAAUCAUGGAUGUUGGUAAUGGAAAUGGCUGAACUUGGACCGUUGAAUAAAUAUUUACUGAAACACAGAGAUGUCACAGAGAAGAAUAUCAUAGAGCUGGUUCAUCAGGUUUCUAUGGGGAUGAAAUAUUUGGAAGAAAACAACUUUGUGCAUAGAGAUUUAGCUGCAAGAAAUGUCCUGCUGGUUACCCAACAUUAUGCUAAAAUCAGUGACUUCGGACUUUCAAAAGCACUUGGCUCUGAGGACUAUUACAAGGCAGAACAUUAUGGAAAAUGGCCAGUCAAGUGGUAUGCUCCAGAAUGCAUGAACUUCUUCAAAUUUUCAAGCAAAAGUGACGUUUGGAGUUUUGGUGUGUUAAUGUGGGAGGCUUUUUCCUAUGGGCAGAAACCUUACAAGGGUAUGAAAGGAGGAGAGGUUGCACAGAUGAUUGAAAGAGGAGAACGGAUGGAAAGUCCACCAGCUUGCCCUCCUGAGAUCUAUGAUAUAAUGAAAUUGUGUUGGACAUAUAAUGAUGAUGAUCGGCCAUCAUUUUCUGCUGUGGAGUUACGGCUGCGCAAUUUCUACUAUGAUGUUGCACAAUAAGCGUAUUGGGGGCUUACAUGAAUGGUUGUGAAAGAAGACACAGUGAGAGACAGAUUGGAAGAAUUUCUUUCUAAAACAACUUGCGGCAUUACCAGUGUGGUCUCCAGCAAAACCAUUGUUUGAAGAGCAUUACUGCGGAAUUACCUUGCUCCUUUCAAAGGCAUUCCCAUACUUGCAAAGUGGGCUUCUAGAUACUGUUUGUACUUCAGUUAUGCUUUAAACUAUCGACUGGAAACCAGUAUAGAUGUUUAUGUGAGACUGAAACUUCCUACAAGUUGUCCCAAGGCACCUUUCCUUUUUUGCAGUCAGGUAUCUGUAAUGCUAUCAGGAAUCAGAACAGUGAAGUUAGACGGGCCCUAUAAGACCAUGCAGGAAUACAAAUCAAAGGAUAUCUGCCAGGUAGUUGUCUUAAAUUUCUCUUGAAUGCAUCCAGUGUUGGAG